UUGAAAACUGAGAGCGGAGGGGCAGGGAGCCCAGAGCCGCUUUCUGCACCGCGCACUUUUCCUGCCACCCACGCCUGAGAGAACGGCGGGGCCGACCGCAGCCCUGGGAAGCUGAGCGCCUCACACGGACGGACGCAAAGGCCCGACAGACGGACGCCUUCCUUUCGGAAAGCUCAGGACGCUGGGUGACUUCUCGCAGACCCGCCCCCGCCGCGCCCUUGGAAGUGACCUGAAAAAAAUGUCUGGAUUUCUAGAAGGCUUGCGAUGCUCAGAAUGCAUUGAUUGGGGGGAAAAGCGCAACACUAUUGCCUCUGUUGCUGCUGGUGUUCUAUUUUUUACAGGCUGGUGGAUUAUCAUAGAUGCAGCUGUCAUUUAUCCCACUAUGGAAGAGUUCAACCAUUCAUACCACGCCUGUGGUGUCAUAGCAACCAUAGCCUUCUUGAUGAUUAAUGCAGUAUCAAAUGGACAAGUCCGAGGUGAUAGUUACAGUGAAGGUUGCCUGGGUCAAACAGGUGCUCGCAUUUGGCUCUUCAUUGGUUUCAUGCUGGCCUUUGGAUCUCUGAUUGCAUCCAUGUGGAUUCUCUUUGGAGGUUAUGUUGCUAAAGAAAAAGCCAUCGUAUACCCUGGAAUUGCUGUAUUUUUCCAAAAUGCCUUCAUCUUUUUUGGAGGACUGGUUUUUAAGUUUGGCCGCACUGAAGACUUAUGGCAGUGAAAACACCUGAUUUACUUCUGCACAGCAGCCCUGCGUGGGUUUUUACUGCUCGCUCCCAAUUUUUUGUAAUGCCAUUUUCUAAACUCAUUUUUGAGUGUAGUCUCAGCUUCAGUUUGUGUAAUACUAAAAUCAUGAGAAUUUCCUAUGUAAACAACAACAAAAAUCUGUUGUGUGCAUCGGAUUAACUUAUAAAAUGUUGAAAAUAUGCCACAUGAGUAAUUUGUAUUAAGUUUUAUCAUGGUGUAAUUUGUAAAAAUAAAUUACAAAAAAUAUUAUGGAUGCAUCUUAUACAAACAUUUGUCAUAUCCAAGGUCCAAAACUAUAAUUAAAGUGCUCUGAAGAUUUAAUGUGUCUGUUUAAAUGUGGCCUUUUCUGUGUCAAAUGUUAAAUGAAAUAUAAACACCUUCUUGUUUAUAAA